AUGGUCAACCUUCGCUCGCAAAAGCGGCUUGCCGCAUCCGUCGCCGGAGUCGGCAAGCGAAAAAUUUGGCUCGACCCCAACGAGCAGUCUGAGAUUGGCAACGCCAACUCGCGGACGCACGUAAAGAAGCUCAUCAAGGACGGUCGCAUCAUCGUGAAGCCCACCGUCGUUCACUCGCGCGCACGCACACUCGACCUCCUUGCCGCGAAGCGCAAGGGCCGGCACACGGGUGUCGGUAAGCGAAAGGGUACCAGCGAGGCGAGGAUGCCCAGCAAAGUGCUGUGGAUGAGGAGACAGCGGGUGUUGAGGCGGUUGCUCCGGAAGUACCGUGAGGCGGGCAAGAUCGACAAGCAUCUCUACCACUCGCUCUACCAGAAGUCGAAGGGUAACGUCUUCAAGAACAAGCGCGUGCUUAUGGAGUACAUCCACAAAGCCAAGGCUGAGAAGUCCCGUACAAAGGUCCUCACCGACCAGAUGGAGGCGCGCCGUGUCAAGAACAAGGCUGCCCGGGAACGUCGUGCCACCCGUGUUGCGGAGAAGAGGCAGGGUAUCUUGGCUGUCGAGCACGUCGAGGCCAAGGAGUGA